AUGUCAACGGAAACUAAGCCAGCUGGAAGAACUAUUUUAGCUUCAACAAUUGCUAAAGAGUUUGUCGAUGAGAUAACCGGUCAACUUAAAGAAUUAGAAUUCAAGCCUAAGUUGGUAGGAUUUUUAGCUAACGAUGAUCCAGCAGCCCAAAUGUACGCUAAUUGGACCGGUAAGACAUGCGAGGGAUUAGGUUUCAAUUAUGAAUUAAUCCAAGUGGACAAGAACGAUUUGGAAAGUUCGUUAAUGAAAGCAAACAAGGAUGACAAUGUGAAUGGUAUAAUGGUGUAUUUUCCUGUCUUUGGAGACAAGCAGGAUCAAUAUUUACAACAGUUAAUAUCGACCGAAAAGGACGUCGAAGGGUUGAACUUCAUGUACUACCAUAAUUUGUACCACAAUGUCAGAUUUUUAGAUGCUCCAUAUAAUGAGCAAAAGUGUAUCUUGCCAUGCACUCCCUUGGCCAUGGUCAAGAUCUUGGAAUACUUAGGUGUGUACAACAAGAUCUUGCACUACGGGAACAGGCUAUAUGGGAAGAAGAUCAUGAUUGUGAACAGAUCCGAAAUCGUCGGUCGUCCUCUUGCAGCCCUCUUGGCCAAUGACGGGGCCACGGUCUAUUCUGUGGAUAUCAACAAUAUCCAACAAUACAGUAGAGGUGACGAUUUGCUGGAAAAAAGACAUAAGGCCCUCCAAUUGGAUUCUACCCAUACUAUCGAAACAUUGGCUCCUACCUGCGAUGUCAUCAUCACCGGCGUUCCAUCUGACUCCUACAAGUUCCCAAUCGAAUACAUUACUAACGGUACUGUGGUUAUAAACUUUUCGAGCUCUAAGAAUUUCCCUGAUGAAGUAAAGCAAAAGGCUGGUUUAUACGUUCCUUCGAUUGGAAAGGUCACAAUUGCCAUGCUUUUAAGAAACUUGUUGAGAUUAAUCAAGAACAAGAACCAUAGAAUAGUAAAGGGAGAACAACAACCCUAA